AUGUUUACCAGUCAACUACGAAGAACCUUUGCUACAUCUGCUUCUACUUCUCCUACACACUAUCAGGUACUCCAACUUCCACCUUCUGCCUCCAUCAAGGAAAUCAAACUUCAAUUCAAGAAAUUACUGAAACAGUACCAUCCAGAUCUAAACCAGCACCUCGACGAUGCCUCUAAAGAAUCAAAUGCUGCAAAAUUCACAUUGAUGGUACAAGCAUACGACGUACUCAAAGAUGUUAAACGCAAACGUGCUUACGACCAAUCAUUAAGACCAAAUGGAUCCUCUUCUGCAUACUCGUCUCCUCGCAAUCGUGGCGAAUACAAUAAAUACCAUGGCGAUGCCAAAUACUACUCGCGACACGGUUUUAAUAGCAGUAGUGGUAGUGGCUACUCAUCAUACACGGCACUGGGACUCAAUACCAAGCGCCAUAAAGUACGCUUCCACAACCACAAACACCCACAAGAUGGCGAUCCCAAUAUGUCCACCUUUAGCGGCCAACACGUCAAUUACGGUGACAAGUACGAUGUGCCACAUUUUGAUUAUGAUCGCCACCUCAUGCGCAACUUGAUGUUUGAGCAACGCAUUAUAGAUAAGCAUUUGGACCAAUCCACAAAAGACAAGAUCUUGAGCCAAUUGAUGAAACUGGGACAAAAAGUUGACGAAGAGCUAAAGACUAAACAUUUACUAAGACAUGUCAAUAUGAUCAAAGGUGAAACAAAUGCGGCAAAUGCGGCAAAUGGAGUAGGUGGCAGUGGCGAGAAUAGCAACAGUGCAUCUUAUAACUCGAGUGGCCAAAGUUAUUAUGGAAAUCGAGGAUACCUGCCGAGAAAAGACUCGAACUACUCAAAUGCAAAAUACGGGGGAAGUUAUACCUACACUGGGGCAAAUACAUACGAAAACCUUUAUCAAAAACCAACUAAUCAUGACCUGAGUGGCGGAAUGGCAAGGGCCGUAGCGCUAAUUGGAGGCACACUCUCCGUAUAUGUUGUUUAUAAACUUAUAUUUUAG